AUGUCUGAUAAGUUCAAUGUUGCUGUUCUCGGUCCGAAGGGACAGUGUGGACAAUGUGUUGUCGAUGAGCUGUUGUCCCGGGGACACAGCGUUGUGGGCGUAUCUCGCUCUCCACCCAGCAAAUGGCCGAAAGCUGGAAACUACAGUGCUAUUACAUGUGACUUUAGCGAUAUAAGAGGUCUCAGUACCAUUCUUUCAGAGGGGGGCUUUGACGCAGUUGUAUCCGCCUUUGCUCCACCACUGGGCGACAUGAAAGCUGUUUACAGGCUGGGGGUAGAGGGCCACGGCAACAUCAAAAUGGCAAUCCUGAGAUCUACUUAUCGGGGUCCAUUCAUCAUCAUUGGUGGUGCGGGCUCCCUAUACUACAAAAAAGGAGUGCAAUUGUGCGACGAUGAUGGCUUUGCAUUUAGCCAUUGGUACGCAUGGCCUGAUGUACACCUUGAUUACAUGUCAACUCGCAUGUCUGAUCAUGGGCAGCGAGGGCUAGGUGUAUUCUUACGGCUUUUCAAAUGGGCAAGAGGGAAUAUUGAAACCCCCGGCUACGCUGUUGGAUUGAUUUUAUGUUCUCGUGCUGCUCUGACCAUGUGGGAAGGUGUGCAAGAUACCCCAUGGAGCUUCCUUUCACCUCCAUGGCAAUUGCGUGACAAGGGGAUCCGAACUGGAAAGUAUGAGGUGUAUGUGGAUGAUUCUGCUGGCUCUGCCGAGAUAGGCAUUGAUGAAGGCGUGUACAAUGAGGAUAUGGCGGUUGCCAUUGUUGAUGAAAUUGAACACAACAAGCUGAAUCACAAGCAUUGGACAUGCACAGGACCGGUUGGAUUGAAGGAAUGGUAG